AUGUCGCCCAAGGCUCCCGUCAACGUCCCUACGGACCCGAAGCAGAAGGAGAAGGAUAUCAACCAGAAGAUUCAGCUCUUUGGCAUGUACCAUGCUUUCAGCAAGGGCAAGCUCCCAUCGAACAAGCAAUGCGAUAUUGCUUUGAAUAGCGCCUUGGCCUCCAAGGCCUUGACCUCCCCUCCCAACGAUCUCUCCAGCGAAGGCCGUAUCCUCAUUCAGGAUCUCCGCAAUGUCAUUGAGCAGGCCAAGAUCCUCUUGCUCUCCAAGAAUGAAGGCGAGCUGUUGCAGGACUUCAUCUGGCAAGCCCAGCACAUCAAUGCAGGCGAGGUCAAGGGUCCUACUGCCCCCAUCAACAAGGAGGCUGGUCAGCAGGAUGCCAACAAGACCCUCGAGGGUCUCAAGACCUUGGGAACCCUGCUGAUCACCAAUGGAGAGUUUCGCAAGAUCCUGAGCGAUGCCGUUACCCUCAUUCGCGACAUGGCCGCCGACUCCGCGCAGAAGGCUGCCAACGCGGUCCGCCCUCCCGAGGAGAUGUUGUCCAAGAUCGAUGAGCCCGCGGAGCAGAACACCUGGCAUGAGAAGCCCAACCUGUCCAAGGAGGACAUCAAGCAGCGUCUCAGCAAGAAGAAGAACAGCACUGAACCCCUGGACACUGCGACUACCAGCCCCAACAAUGCUGCCAUGCCCGCUACUACCAACACGUCGCCUAACGAUACCACCAUGCCUGCCAACGCCAAUGCUCAGCCUUACUCCGAGACUGAUGCCAACUCCAUGACCCCGUCGGAGCAGAGCUUGCGUAAGAAGUACGGCCAGCAGACCCGCGCCUAUCUGUCUGAGAAGGUGCCCAAGGAGCGCCGCGAGCAAGUUAUCUGGCGCUUGAAGAAGAUGAUCAUCGAGAUUCAGGGUCACGCCGACUACCAGCAAGCCAUUGAGACCUUGCUGUCCAUGGCCGAAAAGUACGCCGGACACACCAAGAAUGUCUCCUCGCAGAGCGGUAGCGCUGUUCGCAGCGUCCGAUCCAACGAACGUGUGCAGUCUGUUGAGCAUGACCUCCGUACUUUGAUCGAGCGAUUCGCCAACAACACUUCCCUAGCCGAUUUCUUCGACUCUCUCGACAACAUCUACCGCGAUGCCGACUCCGAUCCGGAGCUCCGUGGCUGGUUCUCCAACAUUAACACUUACAUCCGCAAGUGCUUGCGCGAGCAGGGCUUCAUUAUGCAGGACGAAGCCACCCGUCAGUGGAAUGAACUCUACGACAAGGGUCGUUACUUGCUCCGUGAGCGCUACCGCACCCACACUGAUCGUAUCGUGGAUGAGUCCAAGUUCAUGGCCGAUCAGUUCGACAAGGACCCCCGUAACAAGGCUCUGGCGGACGCCGUCCAGAAGCUCUUCUAUGACCUGGGCCGUGACUCCGGUGGCAAGAUCGUCUUCAAGAAGCAUCUGCUCAAGGAUAUCCGUGACGUGAUCAUUCCCGGUGUUAUUGAGAAUGUCCGUUACAUUCCCAUUCCUCGCAUUGAAGUUUCAGACCCCACUGCGGACGUCGUCGUGGAAAACCUCACCAUCGAGAGCGACAACCUCAUGCCCAAUGUGAUCGAAUUCGGCAGCGACAACUACUUCCGCUGGGGCCGCAAGAAGAUCAGCAACAAGCGUGACAACAAGAUCAUGAUUGCCGCUUCCGGCAUCCAGGCUGACCUCCGCGAUGUCAGCUACUACAUCAAGAAGAAGGAAGGCUUCCCGUCGCUUACCGACACCGGUAUCAUGGACAUCUUCUUGGGAGGCGAGGGCUUCGGCUUCAAGAUUGCCGCCUCCACCGCCGACAAGAAGGACAAGGAGCACUUUGUCAAGCUCGACAGUGUUUCUGUCAACAUCAAGAACAUGGACAUCAAGCUCAAGAAGUCCAAGCACAAGCUGCUGUUCGCUGCUUUCAAGCCAUUGCUCUUCCGUGUUGUCCGUCCCGCCUUGGAGAAGGUCCUUGAGGCUCAGAUCCGCAAGGCCUUCACUGAUGCUGACGCCUAUGCCCGCAACAUCCACGAUGAGGCUCGCCGUGCCCAGGAGGCCGCCCGUGAGGAUCCUGAAAACGCUCCCACCAUCUUCUCUCGCUAUGCCGACGCCAUGCGCUCUCGCGCUCAGUCCAAGGCCGAUCAGGCUAAGGCUGUGGCUGACCGUGCUAGCCGCACCAAGGUCCAGACCGUCAUGACCUUGCACGACUCUAUGUUCCCCGACAUCAAGCUGCCCGGCGGCAUCUCCAACAAGACCACCGAGUACGUUGAGCUGGCUGGCAAGGGUGAGAAGUGGGAGUCGCCCAUCUUCAGUAUCGGCAACGCCGCUGAGUCUCGCGACAUCCCCAGCGCCGGCCCCGUCACUCGCAAGCCGCACACCACCGCUGCGGACCGUGUCGGUAAUGCUGCCCACGGAACCACUCUGGCUGGUACCAGUGACCACUACACCAACGGCAACACUGCCGUCAAUGGUAACGCUGCCUUGGAUAGCACCGGCGCUCUUGGUGGUGUCAACGGUCACUCCAAGGUUGAUGGAUAUCCAGCUCAUGGCUUCUCUGACGAAGUGGACCAGGCCUUUAUCAACGGCAAGACCACUGGCCUCGGCGGGAAUAGAGCCCCCAACACCAUGAUGGGGACCAACCAGCCCGGCCUCGCCAUCAACACUCAGACUGUGCCUCAGCCGGCUACUGCCUUCUAA